CGCGCGGCGCGGGAGGCCGCCCCACUGCGGAACGCGGCGGGGAAGGGAGGGCGGGCUGGAGCUGGCGCCCCGGGCCGGAAGCGCGCGGGUCGCGCAGGGGCGGCCGCGGACAUGUGCAAGAUGUCCUUCAAGGAUGAAAGUGAUGAUACUUGAUUUGCCUCUGUUGAGAGGUCUUAAUAAAAAUAAUAGUUAAAAUAUACUGAUGUGCCUGAUUCUGAGCCAGAGGCACCUGGGCGCAUCUUCUAAAUCCUGAGGAAGACCCUUGAAAUGAAGGAAACUCCACUUGCCAACGCCGCAUUCUGGGCAGCAAGGAGAGGAAACCUGGCUCUGCUCAGGCUGUUGUUGAACAGCGGUCGGGUGGAUGUGGACUGCAGGGACAGUGUACGGAUGGAUUCAUUUGGUAUAUGCAUGCCAAGGACACGCCGUUUCCCCUGCUGGCACGAGAGCAGCUCAUGAAUACAUUUCCCUUUGCGAUGCUUAUCUACUUUUUCAUGUUUUGCCUGCUUUAUCCCUUGUAAAAGUCCAAGGUACCCUGCAUGGCACCACGCUCCUCAUGGUGGCCUCCUAUGCAGGCCACAUAGACUGUGUGAGGGAACUGGUUCUGCAAGGAGCAGACAUCAAUCUCCAGAGAGAGUCAGGUACAACUGCCCUGUUCUUUGCUGCCCAGCAAGGACAUAAUGAUGUCGUGAGAUUUCUCUUUGAAUUUGGAGCAUCUACUGAAUGUAGGACCAAAGAUGGGGGCACUGCCCUGUUGGCCGCCAGUCAGUAUGGGCACAUGCAGGUGGUUGAGACCCUGCUGAAGCAUGGAGCCAAUAUCCACGACCAACUUUACGAUGGAGCCACUGCACUCUUCCUAGCUGCCCAGGGUGGUUACUUGGAUGUUAUUCGAUUACUGUUGUCUUCAGGAGCAAAAGUCAACCAGCCAAGGCAGGACGGGACGGCGCCGCUGUGGAUCGCAUCGCAGAUGGGCCAUAGCGAGGUGGUGAGGGUGAUGCUGUUGCGCGGAGCCGACCGGGACGCCGCCCGCAACGAUGGUACCACAGCAUUGCUAAAAGCAGCCAACAAAGGGUAUAACGAUGUUAUAAAGGAGUUGCUAAAAUUCUCACCCACCCUUGGCAUUCUGAAGAAUGGGACAUCGGCCCUCCAUGCUGCAGUGCUCAGUGGGAAUAUUAAAACAGUUGCACUGCUCCUGGAAGCCGGAGCAGACCCAGCCCUGAGAAACAAGGCCAAUGAACUUCCGGCAGAACUAACCAAAAACGAACGUAUCCUGCGUCUCCUCCGAAGUAAAGAAGGACACAGGAAGAGCUAACUUAGUUCCAUAUUUGACUGAAAGAUAGAAACCGUAAUCACAUUGUCCGAAAAGAAGUCACUUUUCAAAUAGUGUUGGAAAUUCCAUUAAGAAAGGAAAUGCUCAGUAUGCCCUCCCUGGGUCCCUGACCAAGGAGAGCUGGGCUCUGUGCCCUGAGUCAAGAACAGAAAGGCUCAGGGACCCCUUGCCCUCACUUAUGUGGGCUUCUCACACUGGCCUGCGUCCCCACUGCUGUGGGGCCUGGCAGAUUCGUGGAUUCCACAGAAACUCGUUUUACACUACGCUAAGUUGGGUCUCUCAGUUAAACUCUAAGACUUAAACCCUUGACAAGGUUUAAGCAAGAUGACAAAAGCCUUUAAAAUACUGGAAAGUCUGAUCUUCAGUGAAUCAAAGCACUUUUACUUUUGCAUUAAAUGUCCGUGUGCAAAAAGACACAGCUCCCUCAUGUUUUACACAUACAUGUAUGUCAUGCCAGCGUAAAAUGUUUUCUUCUCCCCAAAGGUUGUAGCCACGUUUAUUCUGAAUCAAUGAAGUGUAAAUUCACAUUAAAAAGCCACUUCUGACAUUCCACCAUGUGAUUUUCAAAGGUGGACUGUCGAACUAUAAAGAAGACAAAUUGUUGAUUUGUGAGUUGAUCCUCGUCUUAUUCCAAACACAUAAAAAAUCAUUUUUACCAAGAAUCAAUAUUGAGGUACGGUGGGAAGCAAGUGGCAAUUUGGGAAACGCAGAAAAUUACAAGCCAUGGGAAAUUGAGGCUUGUCUCUUUGAGCUUUUAUUUUGGUUCUCUCGUUGGGAAUCCGCUUCCCAUGCCAUAACUAAGUAGACUUCCUAUGCUGUGCAAUCCUGAGCUCCCAGCACCACAUUGCUUGACACAAUGACUUUGAGGUCCUUGGAUGAAAUGUGAUAUAUGCAAGUACAAUACGUUUCUAUUAUAUUGCAGGAGUAUAAGUAAUAAAAGACUGUUAUUAGUAUUUAAUAGGUGUUCAUCUAUGCAUGUUCUUGAGCUGAUUGAUUCCAAGAAAGAGACCUGAGUUUUAUUGAAUUAUUCCUUGGAGGGGAAUCAAAAUUUAUGUACAGUGCACUUUAUAAUCAAUGGUGUCUAAAUGCCUCAGUCAGUGCCUAAUUGCACACGCUAAAAUUAAACCGUCUUUCCAUAAUAAACCGUCUUUACCAUAAUAAACACUGAUGGUAUUUCUGGUAUUUAAA